UUUCCAUCAAUCUCUCUCUCACUCGUUCUCAUUAACAUUUAUAAUCUCUCACUUCAUAGCAAUUUUUUUAUAUAUAUAAUCUCUCUUUCCCUCUCCAAAAAUGAAGCUCUCUCUCCGUUUGGUCUCAGCUGUUCUCAUCUCUUCCAUGCUUCUCGUUGCCACUGCCACAGAGAUAAGUCCCGAGGCCGUGGCGCCAAGAACUUGUGAGACACUGAGCGGACGUUACAAAGGGUUAUGCUGGAGCUCAAACAGCUGUGCGCUCAUCUGCCGUGAAUUCGAGCAAUUCGAAGGAGGGCACUGCCGUGGAUUUAUCCGUCAAUGUUACUGCACCACAAAAUGUUGUUGAUGGGAUCUUAAUCAUGAUGAUAAUACUCUAAAAAUAUUCUAUCUAUUUCUAUCUAUUAUAAUUAUGAUAUUAUGUUUAAUUUCUCGUGGAUAUAUCCUGAAAUGAAGACACAUGUGUUGACUGUAUUCUUUCUCUGCUAUCUUCCUAUU